UUUGAUUAAGUCACCUUUGUUCAUUUUUCCUUUCAUUUCUAUUCCUUUGGGAGACUGACCUGAGAAAAUAUUGGUACAAUUUAUGUCAGAAUGUUUUGCCUAUGUUCUCUUCUAGGAGUUUUAUGGUGUCGUGUUUAAGUCUUUAAGCCAUUUUGAGUUUAUUUUUGUGUAUAGUGUAAGGGUGUGUUCUAACUUCAUUGAUUUACAUGCACCUGUCCAGCUUUCCCAACACUAGGGACAGUCUUCAAUGCUCAGUAUCUGGGGCCCUGGCACCCCGGGUCCGCAAGAGUUGAGUCCUAAGACAGCCAGGUUUCCGGGAAGUUCAGCCAGGAGGGGGCCUUGAGAGCCCAGGAUUUGGGUCUUCUGAUGGGAGGUGGCAAAUCUCCAGAGGCUGGAACUCAACAUUACAUGCUCAGUUGAACCACUUCCACUCAGCAGCACGUCCUGUCCCAUCUAAAUCCCCACAGGGACCUGUGACCCCUAAACUGAGGCAGGCAUGCCCUGGAGAUACCCCUAGGCAGGUCCUAGAUUACCAACAGGGGACAGAAGAGGAGUGGGGGGUCAUCUGCUCCUCCCCUGGGAACACCAGACCUGCUUCAGGACUCAGUUUUCCCAUCAGAUAACAGGACUUCAAAACAUUCCCUGGAAGAGCCUGGCCACCUCCGCAGGUCAGAGUGUUGCACCAUGGGUACACGUAGACACAGGUAUGUGCAAAUGUGCACACAUACAGGCAGACACAUGCAUAAAUGUACAUGUACACAGGCAAGUGCACACACACAUGCACAUAUACAUGCACUUAUACAUUCAUGCACACACAUGCACACAUUAACGCAGUUUAGCACAAUAAAGUACACAUACAAACACAUCUGCACAUGAAGAGAUGCACAAAAGCACAUCCAUGCACAUGCACACACAGUACACAAACAGGCAAGCAUAGACACACACAUGCAUUCACAAAGGCAUAAAAAUGCAGACAUAAACACAAGUACACAUAGACAAACGUGUCAUGUCAUUGCCUUGCUUGGUGCCAGUAAAGUAUACAUGCACACACCCAGUACAUGUAGCAGACAUGCACACCCACCCAAGUCCAUUGGAAUCAUGGAGGCAUGUAGAGGCCUUGACCAGGUCAGAUCCAGACCUUGGUACAGGGCAAAUGCAAUGUCCCCCUUUCCCUCUUGACUCCCUGCUGAGCAUGGAACCCUGGUUCAGAGUCACCAGCCCUUCUCAACUACGUCCUGCUGUGUGGCCCUCUGAGCCUCCACUUCCUCAUCCGUAAAAUGAUGUGGGUACCCAUCUGCCAGGGCUGGUGUGAGCUAGGUAAGGAGCAGUGCUGAGCCCAGUGCUGGGCAGGGGUCAGGUUCUCCUUGCUUGCUUCUCCCUCUACUCCCUGCUGCCAGGCCUACCCCCCAAUGCCCCCACCCUGGAACUUGAGGCCCUCUCCUCCCCUUUCUGAGCCUGGAUCCUAUGGAACAUGUCUCCCUGCUCUGGAGCAGGGCUGGACUACCUCCAGGGUCUCUCCCAGAGAGUUUGGGGAGCAGCGUACAGGGGGUGCGGAGUCAGCAGUUGAGGGAUUGGGGCCAUGCCAGCCUGAUUAGGGCGGCUGGGGGCUGAGCUGGAUUCACUUGUCCUUGUCUCUGAUUGGCUCUUGGGUACCAACAACCCCCAAAUCCUACUAAGCAGCCCCAACAGGGCCUGCACAGGUCUGUGGACAGCCAGUUGAUUGCCAGUUCUGAGGUCAGAAGGGUGUCUGGGGAGGCCAGAGGCUGGCCUGAGCCUGGCUCUGGGGAUCCCUUGCAUCCAGAAGAGCCAACUGACCACCCUGUUCCUUCACCUCCUGCCGGGACCAUGGGGGCUGGGGCCAGCGCUGAGGAGAAGCACUCAAGGGAGCUGGAAAAGAAGCUGAAAGAAGAUGCCGAGAAGGAUGCUCGAACCGUGAAACUGCUGCUUCUGGGUGCCGGUGAGUCCGGGAAGAGUACCAUUGUCAAGCAGAUGAAGAUCAUCCACCAGGAUGGGUACUCGCUGGAAGAGUGCCUCGAGUUCAUUGCCAUCAUAUAUGGCAACACGCUACAGUCCAUCUUGGCCAUCGUGCGCGCCAUGACCACGCUCAAUAUCCAGUAUGGAGACUCUGCGCGCCAGGACGAUGCCCGGAAGUUGAUGCACAUGGCGGACACCAUCGAGGAGGGCACUAUGCCCAAGGAGAUGUCAGACAUCAUCCAGCGGCUGUGGAAGGACUCGGGUAUCCAGGCCUGUUUCGAUCGCGCCUCGGAGUACCAGCUCAACGACUCUGCUGGCUACUACCUCUCGGACCUGGAGCGCCUGGUAACCCCGGGCUACGUGCCCACUGAACAGGACGUGCUGCGCUCGCGUGUCAAGACCACUGGUAUCAUUGAGACGCAGUUCUCCUUCAAGGACCUCAACUUCCGGAUGUUCGAUGUGGGCGGGCAGCGCUCAGAACGCAAGAAGUGGAUCCACUGCUUCGAGGGUGUGACCUGCAUCAUCUUCAUCGCGGCGCUCAGCGCCUACGACAUGGUGCUUGUGGAGGACGACGAAGUGAACCGCAUGCACGAGAGUCUGCACCUAUUCAACAGUAUCUGCAACCACCGCUACUUCGCCACCACGUCCAUCGUGCUCUUCCUCAACAAGAAGGACGUUUUCUCGGAGAAGAUAAAAAAGGCGCACCUCAGCAUCUGCUUUCCGGACUACAAUGGGCCCAACACAUAUGAGGACGCGGGCAAUUACAUCAAGGUGCAAUUCCUCGAGCUCAACAUGAGACGCGACGUGAAGGAGAUCUAUUCCCACAUGACGUGCGCCACCGACACACAGAACGUCAAGUUUGUCUUCGACGCUGUCACCGACAUUAUCAUCAAGGAGAACCUCAAAGACUGCGGCCUCUUCUGAGGUGGCUCCUCGCGGGCCGGGAUGCUCCCCUGUCGUGCCUCUUGGUCUCAAUACCCCAAGCCCCAUCCCCUGCUCCCCAUCCCACCUCUCGACUGCAGGCCCCUCCCCAGCUCUCCCGAUCCACUCCACUGCUUGCCAUCUGGCCCCCAACUUCCAGACCCUAUUGCUUCCAGGCCCCACCCUGACUCCUCAGGCUCCACCCGAUGGCCACAGGCCCCUCCCCUGGCUCACAAGCCCCACCCACUCAAGCUCUUUUGUCCCCGCCCCAACCCCCCAGGUGUCACUGCUUCCAAGCCCACCUCCACCUGUCUCUCAGCCUAAACCCAAUUAUUUGGGUGCUUAGGAAUGUUGACUCUGUUCCUUUUUUUCUUCACAGGUGCCUGAACUCAUGCGUUCCUGAGACCCUGUAGCCCUUGCCGCCUUGUAGCCCCAAUCCUCAUGACCCCUAUCAGCCCCCCAGGACUCCUGGGCCCCAGCCUGUGGCCCCACCAGCCACAGAUUCAAAACCCUAAGCCCUGCUAACCUUGAGGGACUUACCCUCCCCCAUGGUUCCCAGGAUUCCCAGGUCUCCCAGAGUCCGGUGCCCCCAGCCACCCCAGCACUGCCCUUCACGGCCUGGCUGCACUGGCCUCCAGGACCCACCACAGCCAGCCCCAGCUAGGAGAAAGCAGGACUUGGGGCAGCUACAGCUCACGGUGACUCAGCAGUACCCCACUGACCAAUCUCCUGCUGCUCUCCUGCCCCAGGAGGCCCGUGAUUCACCUGGUGGGUCUGGGUUCAGCAAACAGCCCUCCCUCCCAGAGUUUCAUGAAGGGCAGUGGGGCAGGAAGGGAACCCUCCUCCAAGCAGGCCUGCUGCUUACCAUCAGCCCAUUCUAGCCUUACCACCUCCAUGUGACAAGUCUGACACCCAUCUGCCCAGUGGCCAGUGACUGCCCCACGCAGCAGCUUUAGGGGUCCAAAGUCCAAGCCAGCUCUGGCCUGUGAAACUCAUACAUAGACGAAUUAGUGAGUGGGGGCAAGCCUGGGAGCUCCUGGUACCAGGAAGAGACUCAAGCUGGACCCUUCCCCACAUAUACUAACCCCUUCCCCCACAGGCUCUGCCCCCUCCAUGCUUGGACACUGUAUUCAUGUCCUACUCACUUACACACCCACAGUACUCCAGGCCAGUCUGUCAAGGGAGGGUACUGUUGACACCAGCUGUGGCCAAUGGCUGAACUGUCCUAAGGGGUGGCUGGGAGCAGAGUCCGGCUCCCAUCGAUCAGCCCCAGGCAGGGGAUUUGGGACAGGAAGGAGGCCCAGAUUGUGCCCAGAGGGGUCUGCCUCAGGUAGGGUCAUAAGCAAACCCAGGUGACCCUCUUGUCCCUGCCAGCAGCUUCUCUCAUCCUUCCCAUUCAGGGCCCAUUCCCUGGUGGGAAAAACUGAGGUCCAUGCCUGAACCAUCAGUGACAAAGGCAUCCAUGUCCCCACACCCCUGCUCCCUACUUCCUCAUCAAGCACCAAGUCCUCGCUGAUGCCCGUGGGCUUGGGGCCUGUGCUGUAGUCGAGGGCAAGGAGCAUCUGUCUAAUAAGGCCAGGGCAUAAUUUGCACUCCCUUCAGCUAGAUACACGGACUCAGCAAUAAAUCUUUGCAUCAGGCCCCAGCUGUCCUUUCUUGCGGGGAGGGGGAGAGUGUUAAUGAUCAUGAGUCAUGCAAAUUUAUUAAGUGCCCAGUGCUGGGCUGGACGUGAGUGGGAAGGUGGUCCCUUCCAGGGAGAAGCACCUGACCUAACAUGGCAGCGAGCACUCUUGGGGGCAUGGGAUCAAUUUGGGGUCUUGAGAGGGGUUGAGAGGGGGAAAGGAGCCGUGGGAAAUGUUCACAAGGACGAUGUUGGAUCAAGAGGGGGUUGCAAGGUGGAAGCUCAUUGUGGCAGGGACUGUAGUGUGUAUAAGGCCCAGGAACAUGGGCUGGUGGACCACAGGAGUUCAGUGGAGCAGGGAAGGGGAGAUGGGGUGGGGAGACUGGGCAGGUGCCAAACGCCAGCCUAAGGGCCUGUGCUUCCUCCAGAAGAUGAUGGGUCCAGGAAGCCCUUGAAGCUAGAACAUAAUUGCAGGGCUGGGAUUAGGGUGAGGCAAAUGAGGCACUCACCUCAGGUGUUAAGAUUUAAGGUGAUGCCAAAAAAAUCAGUAAUCAAGAUAAGUAUUAAUGCAAUACUUUCAAAAAUCAAAAUUACUGCCAAAAAAUCCAUAAUGAACAGAAUAUCAAAAUUUUAAAUAAAGGCAAGAUCCAAGAGAGCCCUGCAGAGCCAUAUUGGACCCUGAAGCAAAAGGAAAAAUGUCCACUCCUAUAUAUGUUUUUAUGUAUUUUUAAAGGUUAAUUUUUUUUUUUACAGAACAUUAAAGUAGUUGAAAAAACAUCGAACAAAUUGUAAGUAGGUAUAUUAAAACUCACAAUAUUACUUUAAGAUUAAAUAUUUUAUUUAUACCUAAAACAGAAUUUAUACUUUUAUU